CCAAAAGCCCGUGUGCAAGCCGAGAUCGAUGCUGUCAUUGGGCAGUGCCGGCAGCCAGCUCUGGAGGACAGGAACAACAUGCCCUACACCAACGCCGUCAUCCAUGAAGUGCAGAGGAAAGGCAAUAUCAUCCCUUUCAACGUGCCUAGAGAAGCGGUGAAGGACACAGUCCUGGCUGGUUUCCGGGUGCCCAAGGGCACUAUUUUGAUCCCAAAUCUGUCCUCUGUGAUGUUUGACCAGAAGGAAUGGGAAACCCCUCACAGUUUUAACCCCGGACAUUUCCUGAAGGACGGUCAGUUCAGGAAAAGGGAGGCGUUUAUGCCAUUUUCUAUAGGGAAGCGCGCCUGCCUGGGUGAGCUGCUGGCCCGCGCCGAGCUCUUCCUCUUC